AAAUAAAAAUAAAAACACCCUUUGUGUCUUAUUUGGAGGGUUCUGUGACCAAACCCUUCCUUCUGUACAAGUCGACUUCAAGAUUUGAUCUUUAAAUCAUGUUAUAUGUACAAAUUUUUUUAACAAACUCCCUUACUCUCUACUCACAAUGGGGGUAGGAAUCACAAACUGAUUUUUUUAAAUUCACGUGGGAUUCGCUAAUUUUAUGAGAGUGGAUAAAUUAUUUUUUCAAUAAAAUUUUGUACAAAUAUUUUUAUUCAUCUCUAAGCAUCACUUAAAAUUUCUGGAAGCCAGCUAAUGUGUACUGCAUUCUUACCUCACAAAGAGACCCCACCAAUGGCCUCAGCUUCUGCUUCUGAAGGUCCCCACCUGCCACCACUAGUCCCACCCCAAACACUGAUCCUCCAUUUGCGUUGUAGAACCCACACCUACGCUAUCUCCUAUUCCCCAACCCCACCUUCUCCCAAAAGACAGCAGUCAACCAGAGAAAAAGAACCCCACCACUUCCUCUUGUUCAGUGGGCUUAACAACUUGAUCUCUCAAAGCUUCUAAUUUCAUCGAUUAAUUGGAUAGUAUGUUUGGAGAAUUUUCUUGACAAGUUCCGGAUUCAAAAUUUCCGACUUCACCACUGCAUAUGUAUGUAGAGAGCAAUCUUUAUUUCGAACCUGAUUAUUAUUUAUCAUAAAAGAUGGAAUUUAUGCAGUCACAGCGCAAAAAUCAAGGUGGUGACAGUGGCUCAGACAACCAAGAACCAGCCUCUCUCCAAUUGGUUUCACCUCACCAAAUUAGUCAACCUGAACCCAGCCAUGGGUCCGGUCAGACCCCAGCCCAUGGUCCCUUCUUGGGUUCCAUUUCCAUGCAAUCAAGAUCCUCACUUUUCUCCUCCACCACCACCAAUAACUCUUCUGAUUCAAACAAAGCUGCUAAAAAGCCCUCUAAGGACCGCCACACGAAGGUGGAUGGCCGCGGGCGGCGUAUACGAAUGCCAGCCUUAUGUGCGGCUAGGGUUUUCCAGCUGACCAGAGAAUUAGGCCACAAAUCUGAUGGAGAAACCAUAGAAUGGCUUUUGCAACAUGCUGAACAGGCCAUUAUAGCAGCAACUGGUACAGGUACAAUUCCGGCUAACUUUUCGACGCUUAACGUGUCUUUACGUAGCAGUGGCACCACCAUUUCAGCUCCGCCGUCCAACUCUUCUCCUCUUUUUCUCGGCGGCGUCGGUGCCGAUAUGCUAGGGUUUCAUCAUCAGUUAACAUCAAACACCGGUUUUGGACAAGACCCGGAUGAAAAUUACAUGAAAAAACGGUUCAGAGAAGAUACUGGUGAAGCAACCUCGCCUUCAGCUGCUAAACUGCAAGAUCAAGAACCCAAUUCCGAACCCAAAUCCGGUUCUUCUCAGCCUUCAAACUUCAUCCCGGCUCCGGCCAUGUGGGCAGUAGCACCUGCAGCCACCAACGUUGGAAACACCUUCUGGAUGCUUCCAGUGACUGGUAGUGCCGCCACGGCCUCCACGGGUGGAGGGCAGCAGGAGCAUCAUGAAUUACGGCAGUACAAUGCACCAUCCAUGCAGAGAAUUGGUGGGUUUGAGUUCCCCGGCGUCGGUAGGGGCCGAUUCAGUCCAGUUCAGCUUGGUUCAAUGGUAUUGCAACAGCAGCAGCCGGCGGUUCAGCAGCUGGGGCUACGUAUAUCAGAGACUAACAUGGGAACGUUGGCCUCCAUUAAUGCAUAUAACAGUAGAAUUGAUUUGGGUAUGAAUUUGGAGCAACAAAACCAGCCUCAAGGUAGUGAAAGUGGAGAUGAAAAUCCAAAAGAUUCUCAAUGAUAUCAUCAUUUUGAUUAGCCCCUUUGCAUGUUACACUCUUCAAGGAAUCCUAUUUAAUUUUUUCGAAAGAUUGUGUGCAUAUAUAUAUUUCUUUAAGGUUCCUUUGCUUCUUUUUAUGUAGUCAAUUAGGGUUUUUGAAAGCCAAUGCGAAUUUGUUAGAUUUGAAAUAGCAAAGGUGCCAUGUGAAUGCCAAUUUUGA